UCUCCUCUGCUCCAUUGCUUUGGUGAAGCCAAGAUGAAGUUCACAAUUGUCUUUGCUGGACUUCUUGGUGCCUUCCUGACGCCUGCCUUUGCUGACUAUAAUAUCAACGUCAGUGAUGAAGACAACAGUGGUGGAAGUGGGCAGCAGUCAGUGAGCAUCAACAAUGAGCACAACGUGGCCAACGUUGACAAUAACAAUGGAUGGGGCUCCUGGAAUUCCCUCUGGGACUACGAAACUGGCUUCGCUGUGACCAGGCUCUUUCACAAGAAGGUGUGCAUUGUGCACAAAAUGAACAAGGAAGUCAUGCCCUCUCUUCAAGCCCUUGAUGCACUCGUCAAGGAAAAGAAGGUAAAAAUAGGCAAAGGACCAGGGGGACCACCUCCCAAGGGCCUGAUGUACUCCGUCAGCCAUAACAAAGUCAAUGACCUGGACAAGUUUGGGAAAUCCAUCGUAACCAUGUGCAGGGGGGUUCCAACAUACAUGGCUGAAGAGAUUCAAGGGGCAAGCCUGAUCUUGUACUCAGAAAAGUGCUUCAUUACUAAUAUACUCUGGAUUCUGAACAUUUCCUUCUGUGAAGAAACAGUGGAGUACUAA